AUGCCACACCACACCAUCCCCUUGCCCCUUUCCGCCCAUCCACAGCCGCACCCUCAAGAAGAACGCAAGAGCUCGCGCUUAUUUACCCGUGUCAAGCAUGCCCUUUUGCGCACUUCCCCUCGCGCUGACAAGUUUUCCGACGCGGGGAGCGAGGGCGACCCCAGGGAUAGGGAGGUGAUCGAUGUGCGGCGACUAGAGAAGGACAAAUACGACCGAGGAGUCGAGGCAGCCUACGAAGUGAGUCUUACCCGUUUAUUACUGGCGAGAAGCAUUUAUCGCUCCAAGCAGCCUACAGCCCGCGCAUCACCCGAACCGAGCACACCUACGUCCGUCCUCCCACGUAUCCAUAUCCACCCCUUUUCUGCCCCUCAUCCGCACUCGCCACACCACCUCACCUCACCCCUACCCUUGCUGGAAGAAGACGAUGCACCUUCGUCUUACCCGUCGAGCACGGGUGGGGCCGCGAGUGACUGUGAGACGAGCACUUACCGUCCGAGCAUCAGGAAGCGAGGAAGUGACACCAUCCGCGUGUCGCGGCCCACCACAGCGACGAGCAGGCGACACGAGCCAACCUAUGCCGAGGCGAGCGUGCAAUGUUCUCCAACUGAGAUGGGCAGUUCAGGUGGACAGGAGAGCUUCCCCUUGGCAGCCAUGGCGCGUAUCCGCACGCUCGAACAGGAGCUCAGCGAAUUGCAAGCCGCGCACGCAGUGUCAACUCACGAAUCAGACGAUCUGCGCCUCUCGCUCUCCAACGCGCAACGAGAAGUAGAGGCGCUCCACCUCGAGCACCUCAUCUCAGAAAAGUUUAUCGAAACUAUCAAAGUGGAGAACCGCGAACUGCUGAUGGACCUUGCCCACCUCUCAGGUGCUGAUGCGGCGAGCGUGAGCCACCUCGGGCUCGGAAGCAGGGGAUGGGAGGAAGAGGGGAGCGAUAUGGUCCCCACCCGCCCGACGAGUGUGGCAAGCUCCUUCGAUGCUCAGAGCUGGCUUAGCUCGGGCGCGUGGAGCGCCCCACCCUUGAGUGGGGGUGGGAGGAGCCAGAGGGCCGCGAGCAGGGAUAGCGCGCCGAUCGUCUUGGGUGCGGAGAGGAAGACCCCCGAAGCAGGGAACUUGAGCUUGCCAUUGCCUAUCACUUUUCCUCCUGGAGCUGCGCAUGGCCAGACAUCCCCGACGACGCCAAACGGGAACGGGUUUCCCAACGGGAGCAUGUUAGGUACCCCUCCCGGCACGGGCAUCAGUGUCAGUGUGGGGAUAGGCGCUGCGCCCAGUGCGCUGCAUAACCAUCACCGGCGACCAACAGCAACGAGCAUAUCUUCUUCCUGUUCCUCAGCCUACGAUUCCUCCUCACCACCGUCACACCUGUCCGUUACCCUACCACACGCUCACCCUUAUCCGCCCAUCCCGCCUCCGCCCCCUCCGCCCCCGGCACAUGUGCCUAUCCAAGUCCAAGGCAAGCGCGAGCGAGAGAGGAAACUCGGGCCGCAGAGGAGGGACAGCAUCAGCAGCCUUAGGCGGACGAGCCACUCGCAUACACCUACACAGCCGAGCCCGUUGGCGCUGGAUGUCUUGAGUCAUGAAGAUACGGAGGGGGACGUGGAAGCGGACGGCUCUGAGGAAGGCAUAGGUGGGGCGGUUGAUACUGGGCUGAUGGGCACAGUGCGCAGGGAAUCCUGUGAGGAGAGCCCAGUGAAGAACCGUUCCCCAAGUGUCUAUUAUGGCGCCGAACUCAGCAGGACGAGCACCGUCGCGUCUUCUGUCGUCUCUGCCUCAGUGAUGUCUGGGACGGAUGGCGAGGAGACGGCAGAAGCUGCAGGACGAGUGUAAGGGAGUGUAUGAUCAUUUCCAGUCGACGGUGCAUCUGGUGUUCAAAACCAACGCGUGGUCGAACUAUGCAGCCCAUGGAACUUCGGUUGGUUUCUUUUGCACGCUUUUACGUUCCACGAUUUUCCUUCCUGGUCCUGUUUCCCGUUUUCACUAUCCCACUCUCACUCACACGAUCUCAUUCAUCACGACAUAUCGCAUCUGUCCUUUCCUCUACCACUCCACACACCUCAUCCCGUCCCAUCCCUUCACAAAUCCCAUCUUUCCCAAAA